GAACCGUCCAACUGACCCCAAGAAGUGGAACUUACCUGCAGAGCCAUUAGUGCUGGCCUAUUGUGACUGCUAGUGGCUGGGAGUGAGGCACACCUGAACAGUCCUGUCAGGUUUCAUUCUGCUGGUUCUACGGCUGGUUCCCCACCUGGUCCUCCUGCUGGUCCUCCUGCUGGGUCCCCUGCUGGGUCCCCUGCUGGUCCUCCUGCUGGUCCUCCUGCUGGUUUUCCCUGUUGGUUCCCCCUCUGGAUCGCCCACUGGGUCUUUUGCUGGUUGUCCUGCUGGUUCUCACACUGAGUGGCCAUGCUGGGAAAAACAGGAACUUUCAGUAUCCGUUGCAGGUUUGAGCUCCAACAGUGCCGCUCCCUCUCCUCCCCUCCACCUUCCCCUGAGAUCUCCAGACUCCAGUACCCAGCAGGCAGCGGGGGCAGGAAGUACAGGACGGGGCAGGAGCCAGGACAGAUGAGCUCUGCUCAGAUCAACCGCAUCUUAAAGGCCAACGAAUACAGUCACACCUUCCCCAGAGGAGCCGCUUCCCAUGGUGUCAUGGGUUUCCAUAGUAACAUGCUGCCAUCCAACCAUCCCGGUGAGGACCGUCGGAGCAGCGCCACCUGCCUGCCGGGCUUAGGUGGCGUGCAGUUUGGCGUGUUUGAUGGCCACGCGGGCUCAGCGUGCGCUCACGCAGUCAGCCAGAGGCUCUUCUACUACAUCGCUGUAGCGACGCUGCCGCUGAGGACGCUGGCAGAGCUCGAACGGGCGGUGGAGGAGGAACGGGCUGUACCGCCGCUGCUGGAGUGGCACAAACACCCCCAAGACCACAGCUGCCCUGACGGAGGAGCAGUCUCCUUCAACAGCCUCCGAAACUACUGGCAGGAGAGGUUGGAGGACGAAGAUGAAGAGGAGGAGGAGGAGGGCAGCAGCAGGGUGACAUCAGCACUGGUCAGUGCUUUCCGUCGCCUCGACUACGACCUUUCUGUGGAGGCCCAGGUCCACCUGUCCACGUCCUCGCCCAGAAGGGUGUCUCUCCCUGGGGAGGCAUUCUCUCUGUCCUCUCCCCUCCGGGUGGCGCUGUCCGGCUGCACGGCCUGUGUCACCUACAUCUCCAACGGCGUCCUUCAUGUGGCUAACCUGGGUGACAGUCGGGCCGUCCUGGGUGUCCAGGAGCCGGACGGGCACUGGUCAGCCGUCAGUCUCACCAAUGACCACAACGCACAGAACCCAGAUGAGUUGCAAAGGAUUCUGGGGGAACACCCGCCAUUGGAGCGGAGAACUGUGGUCCGCCAUGACCGCCUGCUGGGUCAGCUGCUGCCCUUUAGGGCAUUUGGCGAUGUCCGUUUCAAAUGGAGCGCAGAGAUGCUGAGUCGAGUCUACGAAACACGGCCAGACAUCCUGUCUGCAGUCAACGAGGUGGUCCGGGCGCUGCCGCCACACUAUCUGACCCCGCCCUACCUGAGCGCUCUGCCAGAGGUCACCCUACACCACAUCAGACCUGCUGACAAGUUCCUCGUCCUGGCCACUGACGGACUCUGGGAGCUGAUGCACCGACAGACGGUUGUUCAGCUGGUGGGGGAACAACUGACAGGCCUUCAGCAGCAGAGACCCAUAACUCCUGGCGUGGGCGUGACAUUGGGCAGCCUGCAGCGCCUCCUGCUGGAGAGGAGGGGGCGGGUUCUGUCAGUGCUGGAGGACCAGAACGCCGCAACCCACCUGCUUCGCCACGCUCUCGGGGAUGACGGCUACGGAGCGGUGGCACCAAACCGUCUGGCCAAGAUGCUGAGCCUGCCGGCAGAGCUGGCCAGGAGGUACCGCGAUGACAUCACCAUCACCGUCAUCCACCUGAACGAGCCUGACCUGUAA